ACCACCACCCCCUUGUAGUUUUCGGUUUUGCUGUCGUCGCAUUUUCCUACACGACGACUUCACGCGUAGUAUUUUCUGGAGCGGAGGAGACCAAGAGAGUGCAAAAGGAAAGUUAAAACGAUUAGCCCCAGCUGGAAAAAAUAAGCAAUUAGAAAGAUCUGUCCCGAUGGCUGAUAAGCGGCGACCCAAGAAGCGCAAAGAUGAAUACACUGGCCCCGGCGGUGCCGACCAGGAACUCGACAAAGCCACCAAAGAAGAGUAUAAGGUGGCCAAAUGGCUCAAAUCGAACGUGUCCACCAAGAAGACCAAAUUUUUGAACCACAACGUGGAAUACUUUUCGGCGGUGCGAGCCGUCGACGCCCUGAUGGGAUCAAAGUUCGCCCAGGGUGACAACUGUCUGUUUCCCCACCGGCAGGCGGUGCUGGACUUCAUGGACGAAAUGCUUCAUCACAAGUUUUUCCAUCGGGCCAAGAAGGUUCCGGUCAGCGAGCAGGAACUACGCGGCAAGAGCAAGAAAUCCUCCGAUAAGGAACCCGAGAAGGAGAAAUCUAAGAAGGAUGAAAAGGUAACCGAUGGAGGCGAGAGUAGCCAUGCCGAAGGCGGCAAAGCAGACAAAGCCGCUGCGGAUAAGGAGAAACGUAAGCGCAAGAUCCGCUUGGAGAUGCAUCCGGAACAGUUGUUCGUCGAUGGCCACGAAGCGUACGUCUGGUUGUACGAUCCGAUUCCGAUGCACUACUGGAUCUUCGGUGCCCUUCUGGUGGUCGGAGCCAUCGUUAUAUGUCUGUUCCCGCUUUGGCCGCCCAUGUUACGGAAGGGUGUCUAUUAUCUCAGUAUAGCAGCCGCCGGCUUUUUGGUGUUUAUUCUUGGAUUGGCCGUGUUGCGUUUUGUCCUUUUCUGUAUCGUAUGGAUCCUGACCGGCGGAAAACAUCAUUUCUGGCUUCUGCCGAACUUGACCGAGGACGUUGGAUUCUUCGCUUCAUUCUGGCCUCUCUAUGAUCAUGAGUACAAAGACGGAAGCUCAGAAAAGGACAAAAACAAGAAGAACAAGAAACGAAAGCGAGACAAGGACAGCGAUGCCGAAGAUGAAGGCACAACUGCGGUUAAUGUUCCGCAAAAGAUAGAAGAAACCAAGGAACCGGAUGCUGAACAGAAGAAGCAAGGAUCCGAAGAAACAAAAUUACGACAUCGGGGAAAGGCUAAGGCAGUCGUCGAGACCUCUGAAAAGGUGGAAGACACUACAAAUGCCAGCGAUGGCCAUGAGGAUGACGAGGAAAACGGUGCCGAUGAUAAACACACACCUUCGGAGAGUGAAUCGGAGAGUUCACAACGGUCAUCCACUGGGAAAGAUUUCGAAAUGUUGGACCAUGAGGAGGUAGAAGGAUCGUAAAAUUCAGCAUCAUCCCAACAGAACCUGAUAUCGCAGAUAAACAGAUAAGUUAAAUAUGCUAACAAUGAUACAAACAUUAAAAAAUGGCACACUAGGUGAAAUGAUAAUACAGCAACAAACAUCUAUAACUGGUUAUAUUGACAUCCACUAGACACAGCCACACUAUUAUUGUAUUUAUAAUUUAUUUUAAUUUGUUUUAAUAGUUGCAACAAAUUGAGUGAAUAAAUUAGAACACAUAUUCAAAUUGUAAUUAAGUUCUACAAUUAUUUGGGUGGUUAUUGAAUAAUUUUGAAGGUCCCGAUGCAACUUCAAGUAGAUGGGGAAUUACGGCUGAAGUAUCAUUUUCUGCUUUUUAAGGUUGUAGAGUCCUCUACUGCAGCAGAUAUCCAUGCAUUAGGCAAACAUGAAAGAAUCUACAAAUAGAAACUAACUAAAAUAAAUGAGAACUGCAAAAAAUGUGAAUCCCCUUAACCGUGAUCGACUUCUCAAAUUACUGAACAUAAUUAGCGAGACACCCUCGCAACAUUUUUCAGAAAUAUCGAUCCAUGCGUCGUUUGGCAUUUUUAGAUGGGUAUUAUUUUUCAUCACAUAUUACAAGGGGUACCGUACAAACUUAUUAAAAAAAUGCAACAAACGAUUCAAGAAUUAUUCCAUCCUGCUUUCUAGUUUGACGAAAAAAAAGAAACAAUUUGAUCCAGGAUGACUAUUUUGCUGAAGUAGGCUCAAAAUCAUCCCUGUACUGAUAAACAGAAGUUGCAAUGAACAUAUUUAAUUGAGUAGACAAAAAAGAUGAGUUUUGAAACUUCUUUGUGCAAGCAUCUUCAUCGAUGAUGCGGAAAAUAAAUAAAAAAUGUGUAUAGACAUUGAACAAAAAACCUGAA